AAAAAACUAAGAUUUCCUUUCUGACAUUCUCUUUGUGUCAGGGACGUGGGCAUACGCCACGUGUACAUAAUAUACCUUAGAUCGUCGAAUGUAACGAACAACGACCGUAACAGGUUCGGGUCAGUUUCCCGAAUCCGGUUCAUGUUUCUCUUACGACUUUCAUCAUCAAUGGCAAUGAUCAUCAUUUUCAUUGCAUUUUCUUAAUCCCUAAAUUCUUUCAAUUUUUCCUUCAAUUUACUGUCACUUUCCCUUACUCUAAAUCUUUCUUAAUACAACAAUUUUCUUCCUUAUUUCUUUCAAUUUAAACUGAGCUGCUUUUAUUUUAACAAAAAACCCAGCUCCCCAUUGAUCAUCGACCCUGUUAUUCCAAAUGUCGUAUUUUUUGAGGAUCCAUUGAGACAUUUUAGCGAUCAAUUGGUGUGCAUUCGGAAAGUUAAAGGAAACCCAAGAGUUUUUUUUUUUUUUUGAUGCGACUGAUAGAGAAACGGCGCCAUUAGAUGGCGCUGUUCAGACGAUUCUUCUAUCGGAAGCCGCCGGAUCGGCUUCUAGAGAUCUCUGAACGGGUCUAUGUGUUUGAUUGUUGCUUCUCAACGGACGCAUUGGACAAACAUGAGUACAAGACAUACAUGGGAGGUAUUGUAGCGCAGCUGCAGGAUCAUUAUCCAGAUGCUUCUUUCAUGGUUUUUAAUUUCAAAGAAGGAGAUCACAGGAGCCAAAUAUCAGAUAUAUUAACGCAGUAUGAUAUGACUGUCAUGGAUUAUCCUCGGAAAUAUGAGGGGUGUCCUGUAUUGCCACUGGAGAUGAUCAAGCACUUCUUGCGAUCCAGUGAGAGCUGGCUUUCAAUCGAGGGCCAACAAAAUGUGCUGUUGAUGCACUGUGAGAGGGGAGGGUGGCCUGUACUUGCUUUCAUGCUUGCUGGUCUUCUUUUGUACAGAGAACAGUACACCGGUGAGCAGAAGACUCUUGACAUGGUAUACAGGCAAGCUCCUAGGGAACUUCUUUAUGUUUUAUCACCUCUGAAUCCACAGCCAUCUCAGCUUAGAUAUCUUCACUAUAUCACCAGAAGAAAUAUUGGCUUAGAUUGGCUGCCAUCAGAUAUACCUUUUGCUUUAGAUUGUAUUAUACUCAGGGUCCUUCCUCAAUUUGAUGGUGGGAGGGGCUGCCGACUGAUGGUUCGUGCCUAUGGUUUGGACCCUGCUUCACCGACGUCCAAUAGGAGUUCUAAACUCCUCUUUUCAACUUCUAAGACAAAACAACAUGGUCGCCUCUACCGACAGGAAGAGUGUGCACUUGUGAAAAUAGAUAUCCACUGUCGUGUUCAAGGAGAUGUUGUUCUUGAGUGCAUCCAUUUGGAAGAUGAUUUAGUUAGGGAAGUAAUGAUAUUCAGAGCUAUGUUUCACACGGCAUUUAUUCGCUCAAAUGUUUUGAUGUUAACUCGUGAUGAAGUUGAUGUCCCAUGGGAUGCAAAAGACCAAUUUUCCAGGGAGUUCAAAGCAGAGGUACUCUUUUCGGAUGCUGAUGCUCUUCCACCUAUUAUCACUACUGAAGCACCAGAUGAGGAAGAUAAUGAGACUGAAGGAGCUUCACCGGACGAGUUCUUUGAGGUGGAAGAGAUAUUCAGCAAUGCUGUUGAUGGACAGGAUGGAAGAGGGGAAUCUGAUGCCCAUUCAGUUCAGGACAGUAUGCAGGAUGAUGACAACAUUGAAAUAUGGAAAGAAGAGUUGGAGCAUCAUGCCUUUAAAGACUGUGCAUUUGUUGAAGGUAAUCGCAAACUAGAAGAAAAUAUGGAUUCUACUCAACAAGCAUCAAAAACAAAUAGUUUAGGGGAUAAGGACAACUUGAUAAACUCCGAGGCUGUUAUUUCUGAUGUUUCUAGUCACAAAGACUCAGAAGCAGAAACACCGGGGGCAAGUGUCAUGUCACAAGAAGGAUAUAAUAAGCAAGAUGUAGAAGGCCCCUUGAGACAGGAGAGGCAGGGCUCACAGUUUACAGCUGAUAUCAAUAAGGGAAAGAAUGAAAAGGCACUUUCAUCUCUAAAGAAACAACUAGCAUCCAACUCCAAACUUGCUGUGGAUGGGAUUGGACCUAAAAAUAAAUCUAAACAGAAAGAAUCUCUGGGAACUCUGUCGCGACUAGCAAAGCCAAGUGCAGUGUCUCGGUGGAUCCCUUCUAAUAAAGGUUCUUACGCUAAUUCAAUGCAUGUGGCAUAUCCAGCAUCAAGGUAUAAGAGUGCUCCACCUGCGCUUGCUGUUACAAAGGAUUCUCAAUCUGGGUUUAAAUCAAAAUCGCCCUCUCCUCGAGCUUCUUCAGAUGCUAAAAUUCUAGCUGGAGCAGGUCGUAUUCCAAAGAAACGCUCUUCAUGUCCUGCAUCAUUAGACAUGUCAACAGUCAAGGAGGCACCUGUUGCAAUGACCUCUUCAUCAGAAUCAGUUGAGAGUCAGGCACUUGACCUUCAGGCAUCCCCUUCAAGUCCCCUACCUUCAUUUCAAUAUCCAAGUACUUUAUCACUUGAAUUGCCUCCUAUUCAGGAAGUAAGUACUAACACGCCAGCUUCUGCAACGCCACCUGAGUCUUCACAGGAAGACCAUAUUAUAACUGCUUCUUUGACCCACCACUCCUCCCCUCCCCCACCUCCCCCACCCCCACCUCCGCCUUCUCAAAUCCUAUCACGUAAUCAAAAUCCACCUCCACCUCCACCUCCACCAUCAAACAGCUUGAGAAAGACUCAUAGAGAUAGCUCUCAUAGUCAAAAUUUCAAAUCCUUUUCACCACCACCCCCGCCUCCACCUCCGCCUCCGCCUUCCCCUCCAUCAUCAAAUGGCUUGAGAAUGGCUCAUAUGGGUAUCUCUCCUCCCCCUCCUCCUCCUCCCCCACCUUUACCACCCACAUUAUCUACUGUACUGAAAGUUGGUAGGGUAUUGUCACCAACCCCCUCACCCACUUCUUUGCCAAAUGCGGCUUGUGCAGCAUCCUCCUUGGUAGCAGUAACUCCACCUCCACCUCCACCUCCACAUGCACCUACUGCACCAAAGCUAGAAAGUCUUAGAAUAUCCACUCCACCACCACCACCACCUCCUCCUCCUCCCCCUAUACCUGCAAUUUACAGUGCCCCUCCACUACCUCCACCAUUUCCAAUUGUGCCUGGAGUUUCUUCUUUGCUAACAAUGAGUGCUCCACCACCACCACCACCACCACCUCCACCUCCACCUCCACCUCCACCUCCACCCCCACCCCCACCCCCACCUGUUUCAAGAAAUUCUCCAAUGCAAUUUCUGCCUCCACCUCCCCCUCCUCCCCCUCCACCAAGAAAUGAUCCGACGCCUCCACCUCCACCUUCUCCACCCUUACUUCCUUCAAGAAAUGUUUCAGCACCAACUGUCCCUCCCCCUCCCCCUCCUCCACCCCUUCCGUACAAUACUCCACCUUCAAUUCUUUGUCCUCAUUCUCUUUCCACCCCAUCUUCUUUAUCUAGAGCACCACCACCGCCUCCUCCCCCUCCUUUGCAUGUUGCACCUUUACCAUCUCCUCCAUUAUCAGCAGCUCCACCGCCUCCUCCUCCUCCAUUACCAGGAGCUCCACCACCACCUCCAGCUCCUCCUCCCCCACCUUGUGGCAUCCCUCCAGUUCCUCAACCUCCAUUCUAUGGCGGCCCACCAGCUCCUCCACCUCCCCCUUACGGUGGCCCACCAGCUCCUCCACCACCUCCUUACGGUGGCCCACCAGCUCCUCCACCUCCCCCUUACGGUGGCCCACCAGUUCCUCCACCACCCCCUUACGGUGGUCCACCAGCUCCUCCACCUCCCUCCUAUGGUGGCCCUCCAGCUCCUCCACCUCCCCCUGGUGGUGGUCCUCCACCACCUCCUCCUCCCCCUGGUGGUGGAGGACCACCUCCUCCUCCUCCUCCUCCAGGCGGAGCACCACCUCCUCCACCCCUUCUUGGAGGUGGCACACUUGGUCCACCUCCUCCACCACCUCCAGGAGGUAGAGCACCGGGUCCACCUCCCCCACCACCUCCUGGAGGUAGUGCACCUGGUCCACCUCCCCCUCCUGGAGCUCCAAGAGCACCAGGUGGUGGACCUCCCCCGCCACCACCAUUUGGCGCUAAAGGACCUGGGGCAGCCAGCAGAGGACUUCCUGCUGGGAGAGCUCCAGCGCUUUCACGGUCAAGAUCUAAUUUAAAACCAUUGCACUGGAGCAAGGUAACCAGGGCACUACAGGGAAGCCUAUGGGAGGAACUGCAGAGACAUGGAGGGCCUCAAGUUGCACCAGAGUUUGAUGUGUCAGAAAUUGAGAUUCUUUUCUCAGCCACCCCCAAGGCAAGUAGUGCGGGUAAAUCUGGAGCAAAGAAGAAGUCUGCUGAUUCUAAGCCAGACAAGGUUCAACUGGUUGACCUAAGAAGGGCAAACAAUACAGAGAUUAUGCUCACAAAGGUGAAAAUGCCACUUCCAGACAUGAUGGCAGCUGCACUGGCAAUGGAUGAGUCAAUUUUAGAUGCAGAUCAGGUGGAGAAUCUGAUAAAAUUUUGUCCUACGAAAGAAGAGAUGGAUCUUCUUAAGGGUUACACUGGUGACAAGGAGCUUCUGGGAAAGUGUGAACAGUUCUUUUUGGAGUUGAUGAAGGUGCCACGAGUAGAGUCAAAAUUAAGAGUGUUUCUUUUCAAGAUUCAGUUCAAGGCUCAGGUGACAGACUUCAAGAAAAGCUUAACCACUGUGAACUCUGCAUGCGAAGAGCAGGUCCGAAGUUCUUUAAAAUUGAAGGAGAUAUUGAAGAAAAUUUUGUUUCUUGGGAAUACGUUAAAUCAGGGAACUGCCAGAGGUUCUGCCAUUGGAUUUAAGUUGGACAGUCUUUUGAAGCUCGCUGAUACACGUGCUACUAACAACAAGAUGACACUCAUGCAUUAUCUUUGCCAGGUUCUUGCUUCCAAGACACCAGAUCUUUUAGACUUCCAUGAAAGUCUUGUAAGCAUGGAAGCUGCAUCAAAGAUUCAAUUGAAGUCUUUGGCAGAAGAAAUGCAAGCAAUCAUCAAGGGGCUGGAAAAAGUUAAGAAGGAACUAGAGUCAUCUGCGAAUGAUGGCCCGGUGUCUGAAAUCUUUUGCAAGACCUUAAAGGAAUUCAUUGGUGCAUCUGAAGCUGAGGUGGGAUCUCUCCGGGAUUUGUAUUCUGUGGCGGGCAGAAAUUCAGAUGCACUUGCACUAUAUUUUAAUGAGGAUCCCGCCAAAUGUCCAUUUGAACAAGUCACUGCAACCCUUUUAAAUUUUGUGAGGUUAUUCCGGAAAGCCCAUGAGGAGAACUUGAAGCAAGCUGAACAAGACAAGAAGAAAGUUCAGAAGGAAGCCGAAAUGGAGAAUGCAGAAAAGAAGCAGCUUAAAAAAGAAGGCUGAGAAGUAAAUGGGGAUGAUUCAUGCUUCAGGGAAUUUUUGGAGUCAUGUGGCCUCUGUCUGUUGGUUAACUAAGGACAUUGGUCUUAAGUCAAACCAGAAGCCUCCAAUAUUGAUCUAUCGGCUUUGGCUUUCUCUGGGCUCAAGAAAGAACGUCGAACAUUAAAGCUCGUGAACCUGGAAAUAGCAGAAGUGCUUUGCAGAGGGAAACUGAAAAGGACACAUUCUUGUCUGGGCUCUUGGAGUGCUUUGCAGAGAGAAGCUCAAGAAAACACACUGUCGUCUGAGCUCUUGGAUGAUGCAAGGAACCUGUUGGUCCAAAAAUCGAUCGCCUGGAUUUUGUUAUUGACGGGUGAUCAUGACUGCCGUCCAUCCUGGAGCGUGUGCUGCAUGAUUAAACAGAGAAAUGCAUCUAAAGAAUUUAAAUUUGGGUAUGCAUUUGUUGAACCUGCACGAUGGAGUCGUUGUCGGUGCAAAUGUAGUUACUCAAGUGUCGGCGUGUUCACCUUGAUAUGGAGAUUAUGCCAUGCAAAAUGUAAAUUGGAAGUGUAAUAUGAAUAGUUUGUACAAAGCUCAACUAACCCCUGUAUUUAGAUCUCUAGUUGAUUCUUUUCAUUGUAACAUAGAAACGGGUUCCUUGUCAGGGGAAUCCAACACGGAAAGUUGUACAGAAAGCAUAGAAGAGGAUAGAAAUAGGUAUUUUUAGCAAUAGCAAUGUAACAAAAUGUAGGCGGUAGGAUUAGUUUCCCACCUUCCUUAGAAUCAAAUUUUGGAAAAUAAUAUGAUAUCUUCAUUCAUUGA